GCAUCUUUGGGCCGUGCAUGAAAUUGCAAGAAAUCAGAACAACUUAUAUUAAUUCGCCUAUAUAUAAGCCGAGUGCUCCAAAGGAGCGGAAGCGUUCCCUGAGGGGGAAAAUUAACUGUGCGAGACUGUCCCCCCGUUUGCCUUGCUUGAUCACUAGAUUGAAAACCCCUUUCCCUCUUCUUUGUUCUUCCAAUCCAAAACCCUAGACACAUAAUUAACAACCCAAAUUUCAGAAUCAACCCCUCAAAAUUCAUAAAUUCUAACCUUCUGUACAUCCUCUGUCCCUAAAUUUGAUGUUCUUCGCCAUUUUAAGUUAAAACUCGCUUGCCCAGUUCUUCCCGUAAACCAGUGCUGACAAGUAGUUUUUCUUCGUUGGGUUGGGGUCUUUAGGUUUUAGUAAAUUCAUCGGCCAUGAGUCCAGUUCAGAAUUUCGAGCAGCACGCUCGACAUUUAAUUGAGCCUGACCUCCCAAUUCAAACGAGGUUGCAAAUGGCGAUGGAGGUACGGGACAGUCUGGAGAUAUGCCAUACAGGGGAGUAUUUGAAUUUCUUGAAGUGCUAUUUCCGUGCAUUUUCUGCAAUUCUAUAUCAUAUUACCAAGCCCCAGUUUGCCGAUAACCCCGAGCACAAGCUUCGUAAUAUUAUAAUUGAAAUUCUCAAUCGCUUACCCCACAGUGAGGUUCUUAGGCCCUUUGUUCAGGAGCUUCUUAAAGUAGCAAUGCACGUACUAACAGCAGACAAUGAGGAAAAUGGAUUAAUUUGCAUUAGGAUUAUUUUUGACUUGCUUAGGAACUUUAGGCCGAGUUUAGAGACUGAAGUUCAGCCAUUUCUGGAUUUUGUCUGCAAAAUUUACCAGAACUUUAGGGCUACUGUUAGUUACUUCUUUGAGAGUGGGGCAAUGAUGGCACCACCACCAGCCCCACCAACCACCUCCGGGUCUGUGGGAUCAUCGUUGAGCGGUGAUGAUGUAAAGCCUAUCGAAGUUUCUGAUCAAGUGGGUCCUUCGGGUGGUUAUGUUGGGGCUACAGGGCAGCUUAAUCCAAGUACAAGGUCUUUUAAGGUUGUCACAGAGAGUCCGCUGGUAGUUAUGUUUCUAUUUCAGUUGUAUGGUCGACUGGUUCAGACUAAUAUCCCGCAUCUAUUGCCGCUGAUGGUUGCGGCAAUUUCAGUCCCAGGUCCAGAGAAGGUCCCACCCCACUUGAAGACUCAUUUUAUUGAGCUGAAGGGCGCACAAGUCAAGACUGUUUCUUUCUUAACUUAUCUGCUGAAGAGCUUUGCUGACUAUAUCAAGCAACAUGAAGAAAGCAUAUGCAAAAGCAUUGUCAAUCUCCUUGUUACGUGCUCUGACUCAGUUUCAAUUCGGAAGGAACUAUUGGUAGCUCUGAAACAUGUUCUUGGGACGGACUUCAAAAGGGGUUUAUUUCCUUUAAUCGAUACACUUUUGGAUGAGAGGGUUCUUGUUGGUACUGGCAGAGCAUGCUUUGAGGCAUUGCGGCCAUUGGCCUGUAGUCUUUUGGCAGAGAUUGUUCAUCAUGUUAGAGGAGAUCUUUCAUUGUCUCAGUUAUCAAGGAUUAUUUACCUGUUCUCGAGCAACAUGCAUGAUGCCUCAUUGUCCUUGAGCAUUCAUACUACUUGUGCUCGACUGAUGUUGAAUCUGGUGGAGCCAAUAUUUGAGAAAGGUGUAGAUCAAGCAUCAAUGGAUGAAGCACGGAUUCUGUUGGGCCGGAUAUUGGAUGCUUUUGUUGGGAAAUUUAACACUUUCAAGCGCACUAUUCCCCAGCUGCUCGAAGAGGGAGAGGAUGGGAAAAAUCGGGCUACAUUGAGGUCAAAACUUGAAGUGCCAGUACAGCAGGCAGUCCUUAAUCUGCCAACAUCUGUUGAGCAUUCAAAGGAAGUCAAUGAUUGUAAGCAUCUGAUAAAGACAUUAGUUAUGGGAAUGAAGACAAUUAUCUGGAGCAUCACUCAUGCACAUAUACCAAGGUCGCAGGUUUCACCUUCCACACAUGCGAACCCACAGCAAGCGCUUGCGUCGACAUCAUCAGGUUCUUCUACGCCACAAGCUUUUAAGGGGAUGAGAGAAGACGAGGUCUGCAAAGCUUCAGGUGUUCUGAAGAGUGGUGUGCAUUGCUUAGCUUUGUUCAAGGAGAAGGAUGAAGAGAGAGAAAUGGUCCAUCUAUUUUCCAAUAUCUUGGCCAUCAUGGAACCACGGGACUUAAUGGACAUGUUCUCAUUGUGCAUGCCAGAGCUCUUUGAGUGCAUGAUUUCUAACAGCCAGCUAGUUCACAUUUUUUCUACUCUUCUCCAAGCCCCCAAAGUUUUCCGCCCUUUCGCAGAUGUUUUAGUUAAUUUUCUUGUGAACAGCAAACUUGAUGUUCUUAAGCAUCCUGAUUCUCCUGCCGCAAAACUUGUUUUGCAUCUCUUCCGCUUUCUAUUCAGUGCAGUUGCAAAGGCUCCAUCAGACUGUGAGCGUAUUCUUCAACCGCAUGUGCCUGUAAUCAUGGAAACUUGCAUGAAAAAUGCAACCGAGAUUGAGAGACCAAUUGCUUAUUUACAACUUCUUCGCACAAUGUUUCGUGCACUUGCUGGAGGUAAAUUUGAACUUCUGCUUCGUGACUUGAUUCCUAUGCUGCAACCAUGUUUAAAUAUGCUGCUUGCAAUGCUUGAGGGACCUACUGAUGAAGAUAUGAGAGAACUUCUGUUAGAGCUUUGUUUGACAUUACCUGCACGGUUAAGCUCACUACUACCUCACCUUCCUCGUCUGAUGAAGCCUUUGGUUAUGUGUCUCAAGGGAAGUGAUGACCUCAUCAAUCUUGGUUUAAGAACACUUGAGUUUUGGAUUGAUAGCUUGAACCCUGAUUUUCUAGAACCAAGUAUGGCAAAUGUUAUGUCUGAGGUAAUUUUGGCAUUAUGGUCUCAUUUAAGACCUGCACCCUAUCCUUGGGGUGGCAAGUCAUUGCAACUUCUUGGGAAGUUAGGUGGUCGGAACAGACGUUUUCUCAAAGAGCCUUUGGCACUUGAAUGCAAGGAAAAUCCGGAGCAUGGUCUUCGAUUAAUUCUCACAUUUGAGCCUUCUACUCCAUUUUUGGUGCCACUAGAUCGCUGUAUUAAUCUUGCUGUGGCUGCUGUCAUGCAAAAGAAUAGCACAGUGGAUGGUUUCUACCGGAAGCAAGCACUUAAAUUCCUUCGUGUAUGCUUGUCUUCUCAGCUAAAUUUGCCUGGACUCGUUAAUGAUGACGGAUCAACAUCUAAGCAACUGUCUACUUGUCUAAGUUCUUCAGUAGAUCCUUCCUGGAGAAGAUCUGAUACAGCUGAUCUCAAGGCUGACUUAGGUGUCAAGACAAAGACCCAACUUAUGGCUGAGAAAUCUGUGUUCAAGAUUCUCUUGAUGACAAUAAUUGCUGCAAGUGCAGAACCCGAGCUACAUGACCCUAAGGAUGAAUAUAUCGGUCACAUAUGUCGCCAUUUUGCUAUAAUAUUUCAUGUUGAGAGUCCAGCUGCUCAGACUUCAAUUUCUGCCACAUCUGCUGGGGGUCCAAUGAUUUCGUCCAGUUCUAGUAUGAGUUCAAAGUUAAGGCAUAAUACUUAUCUGAAAGAGUUGGAUCCUUUAAUCUUUUUGGAUGCUCUGGUAGAAGUAUUGGCAGAUGAGAAUAGACUGUAUGCUAAAGCUGCAUUAAAUGCAUUAAAUACAUUCACAGAGACACUUUUGUUCCUUGCUAAAUCUAAACACAGUGACAUACUGAUGUCCAGAGGAGGUCCUAGCACUCCUAUGAUCGUCUCCAGCCCCUCGAUGAGCCCUGUAUAUUCACCUCCUCCAAGCGUUCGGGUUGCCUGUUUUGAGCAACUUUUGCCUCGACUUUUACAUUGUUGCUAUGGAAGUACCUGGCAAGCACAAAUGGGAGGAGUUAUGGGGCUUGGUGCUUUGAUUGGAAAGGUCACUGUUGAAGUUUUAUGUCUCUUUCAAGUACGUAUUGUUCGAGCACUUGUCUAUGUUCUUAAAAGACUUCCUACGUAUGCCACUAAAGAACAGGAAGAGACAAGUCAGGUGCUUACGCAAGUACUACGCGUGGUCAACAAUGUUGAUGAAGCAAACAGCGAAGCACGCAGGCAAAGUUUUCAAGGUGUUGUUGAAUAUUUGGCUUCAGAAUUAUUUAAUGCCAACUCAUCUAUAAAUGUGAGAAAGAUUGUGCAGUCUUCUUUGGCACUUUUGGCAAGUAGGACUGGCAGUGAAGUUUCUGAGUUGCUUGAACCUUUACACCAGACUUUGCUACAGCCUCUCAUCAUGCGGCCGUUGCGGUCUAAGACUGUUGAUCAACAGGCAACUUUGCAGGUCGGCACCGUAACUGCUCUGAAUUUCUGCCUAGCUUUGAGGCCCCCCCUUCUUAAGUUAACACCAGAGCUAAUCAAUUUUUUGCAAGAAGCUCUGCAAAUAGCAGAGGCGGAUGAAUCUGUAUGGGUUGUGAAAUAUAUGAAUCCAAAAGUGGCGACAUCUUUGAAUAAACUCCGAACUGCUUGCAUUGAACUCCUGUGCACUGCCAUGGCAUGGGCAGACUUUAAAACUCAAAAUCACUCGGACUUGCGAGCCAAAAUAAUUUCAAUGUUCUUCAAGUCCUUGACGAGCAGGAGUCCUGAAAUUGUAGCUGUUGCUAAGGAAGGGCUACGCCAGGUUAUUCUGCAGCAAAGAAUGCCAAAAGAACUUCUACAGAGCAGCUUGAGGCCUAUAUUAGUUAAUUUGGCGCAUACCAAAAAUCUCAGCAUGCCUCUUCUGCAAGGUCUUGCCCGACUGCUUGAACUUCUAUCUAACUGGUUUAAUGUUACCUUAGGUGGUAAAUUGUUAGAGCAUCUUAAGAAAUGGUUGGAACCUGAAAAACUUGCACAGUGCCAGAAGUCUUGGAAGGCUGGUGAGGAGCCUAAAAUAGCUGCUGCUAUCAUUGAGCUCUUCCACCUGCUUCCAUCAGCGGCUGGAAAGUUUCUUGAUGAACUUGUAACUUUAACUAUUGAUUUGGAAGCUGCCCUUCCACCUGGUCAAUUUUAUAGUGAGAUAAACAGUCCCUAUCGCUUGCCACUCACGAAGUUUCUUAAUCGUUAUCCCACUGCUGCUGUUGAUUAUUUUCUUGCUCGAUUAUCCCAGCCAAAGUAUUUCCGGAGGUUCAUGUAUAUAAUACGAUCAGAUGCUGGCCAACCUUUGAGAGAAGAACUUGCAAAGUCACCAGAAAAGAUAAUAGCUAAUGCAUUCCCUGAAUUUUCUCAAAAAACUGAGGCAACUCAGGGAUCUUCCAAUCCUUCUAGUUCUCUAAUGGGUGAUGAAAGUCUUGUUACACCUAAAUCUGAAGAUUCUGUUCAAUUGCUAACCACCUCUGGUGCAACAUCAGAUGCUUACUUUCAGGGUCUUGCUCUUGUUAAAACUCUUGUGAAAUUGAUGCCUGGCUGGUUGCAAAGUAACCGUGUUGUCUUUGAUACGUUGGUUUUAUUAUGGAAGUCCCCAGCUAGGAUAUCCCGAUUACAAAAUGAGCAGGAACUGAACCUCAUGCAAGUAAAAGAAAGCAAGUGGCUUGUCAAAUGUUUCCUGAACUACUUGCGUCAUGACAAAAUGGAGGUCAAUGUAUUAUUUGAUAUCCUCGCAAUUUUCCUGUAUCGGACUCGCAUAGACUUUACUUUCUUAAAGGAGUUCUAUAUUGUUGAGGUUGCUGAGGGCUAUCCGCCCAACUUGAAGAAAACACUGCUACUUCAUUUUCUGAACCUUUUCCAGCUAAAGCAAUUGAGCCAUGAUCAUAUGGUAAUCGUAAUGCAAAUGCUCAUUCUUCCGAUGUUAGCUCAUGCUUUUCAAAAUGGCCAAACAUGGGAAGUCAUUGAUGCGGCUACAAUUAAGACGAUCGUUGACAAACUGCUUGAUCCCCCAGAAGAGAUAUCUGCGGAUUAUGAUGAGCCCCUGAGGAUUGAGCUUCUACAGCUUGCCACUCUUCUUCUCAAGUAUCUGCAGAAUGACCUUGUUCAUCAUCGAAAGGAACUUAUCAAAUUUGGCUGGAAUCAUCUCAAGCGCGAAGAUAGUGCUAGCAAGCAGUGGGCAUUUGUCAAUGUUUGCCACUUUUUGGAGGCGUAUCAAGCUCCAGAGAAAAUUAUACUUCAGGUGUUUGUUGCUCUUCUGAGGACUUGCCAGCCUGAGAAUAAAAUGUUGGUCAAACAAGCCCUUGACAUCCUCAUGCCAGCACUUCCACGAAGAUUGCCACUUGGUGACUCACGUAUGCCUAUAUGGAUACGUUACACUAAGAAAAUUUUAGUUGAGGAAGGUCACUCAAUUCCCAAUCUUAUUCACAUAUUCCAGCUCAUUGUCCGCCACUCGGAUCUUUUCUACAGCUGUAGGGCACAAUUUGUCCCUCAGAUGGUAAAUUCUCUCAGUCGCCUUGGGCUACCAUACAAUACUACAGCAGAAAAUAGGCGCCUUGCUAUUGAACUUGCUGGACUGGUUGUCAAUUGGGAAAAACAAAGACAAAGUGACCUGAAGAAAGGGACUAAUAACGAUGGCACCAGUCAGAGUACCGACGGGCUGCAUCUUACCUCUGCUGGAGGGGAUCCUAAGCUUUCUGUUGAUGGAUCUACAUUUUCUGAAGAUUCAACGAAGAGAAUAAAGGUUGAGCCUGGUCUGCAAUCUCUGUGUGUCAUGUCACCUGGAGGUGCCUCUUCAAUUCCCAACAUUGAAACACCCGGAUCUGCUGGGCAACCUGAUGAAGAAUUCAAGCCUAAUGCUGCAAUGGAAGAGAUGAUUAUCAAUUUUCUUAUAAGAGUAGCCCUAGUAAUAGAACCUAAAGAUACGGAAGCAAGUCUUAUGUACAAGCAAGCUUUAGAGCUUCUAUCUCAAGCUUUGGAAGUGUGGCCGAAUGCUAAUGUCAAAUUCAAUUAUUUGGAGAAGCUGCUCAGCAGUACUCCAUCAUCCCAAUCAAAGGAUCCAUCUACCGCGCUAUCCCAGGGUUUAGAUGUGAUGAACAAGGUUCUGGAAAAGCAACCCCAUUUGUUUGUGAGAAAUAAUAUCAACCAGAUCUCCCAAAUUCUGGAACCAUGCUUCAAGUUCAAAAUGCUUGAUGCUGGAAAUUCUUUGUGCUCCCUGUUGAAGAUGGUUUCUGCUGCAUUCUCUCCUGAAGCAGUGAGCACGCCACAAGAUGUGAAGAUGUUGUAUCAAAAAGUAGAGGAGCUUGUUCAGAAGCACCUUGCAGUGGUUGCUGCCCCUCAGACCUCAGGAGAAGAUAAUUCAGCUAGCAUGAUUAGCUUUGUGCUUUAUGUCAUUAAAUCCUUGGCAGAGGUGCACAAAAACCUUGUCGACCCUAUCAAUUUGGUCCGUGUCCUUCAGCGCCUUGCACGGGAUAUGGGGUUGUCUAAUGGUACUUAUACAAGACAAGGUCAGAGAUCAGACCCAGAUUCUGCAGUCACUUCCUCUCGUCAAGGUGCUGAUGUUGGAGUUGUGACUGGGAACCUUAAGUCUGUUUUGAAACUUAUCAGUGAAAGAGUCAUGAUUGUACCUGAUUGCAAAAGAUCUGUUACUCAAAUUCUGAACUCCUUGCUGUCUGAGAAGGGCACUGAUCCAUCUGUGCUUCUCUGCAUUUUAGAUUUAAUAAAGGGUUGGGUUGAAGAUGAUUUUGGUAAACCUGGAACACCUGUUGCAUCUAGUACCCUUUUUACUCCUAAGGAAGUUGUUUCUUUGCUCCAGAAGCUUUCACAAGUUGAUAAGCAGAAUUUUUCUGCAAGCAAUGCAGAAGAAUGGGACCGGAAGUAUCUUGAACUUCUAUAUGGACUUUGUGCUGACUCAAAUAAAUAUCCUCUUUCGCUACGUCAAGAAGUGUUUCAGAAAGUAGAGAGACAGUAUUUACUGGGUUUGCGGGCAAAGGAUCCUGAAGUGCGGAUGAAAUUCUUUGCCCUUUAUCAUGAAUCCCUUGGGAAAACAUUGUUUACAAGGCUGCAGUACAUUAUCCAAAUUCAGGAUUGGGAGGCUUUGAGUGAUGUCUUCUGGCUUAAGCAAGGACUUGAUCUCCUUUUGGCUAUAUUAGUCGAGGACAAACCUAUUACGCUAGCUCCAAACUCUGCAAAGAUUCCACCUGUUUUGGUAUCAGGUGCAGCUCCUGAUUCUUCUGGUGUGCAGCCCAUGGCAACUGAUAUUCCUGAAGGCUCAGAUGAGGUUCCUCUCACACUAGAUAGCCUCGUUUUGAAGCAUGCUCAUUUUCUUAAUGAGAUGAGCAAACUUCAGGUUGCGGACCUUAUUAUUCCAUUGAGAGAGCUGGCUCAUACAGAUGCAAAUGUUGCAUAUCAUUUAUGGGUUUUGGUGUUUCCAAUUGUUUGGGUGACCUUGCAUAAGGAAGAGCAGGUGGCACUAGCUAAGCCAAUGAUAGCUCUCUUAUCUAAAGAUUAUCAUAAGAAACAGCAAGCACAUCGGCCAAAUGUUGUCCAAGCUCUUCUUGAAGGGCUUCAGUUAAGUCACCCACAACCACGGAUGCCCAGUGAACUAAUCAAAUACAUAGGUAAGACUUACAACGCAUGGCACAUUGCUCUAGGACUGCUUGAAAGUCAUGUUAUGCUGUUCUUGAAUGACACAAAGUGUUCUGAGUCUCUGGCUGAGCUUUAUCGUUUGCUGAAUGAGGAAGAUAUGAGGUGUGGUUUGUGGAUGAAACGGUCAAUUACUGCAGAAACUAGGGCUGGCCUUUCACUUGUUCAGCAUGGGUAUUGGCAAAGAGCACAAAGCCUUUUCUACCAGGCCAUGGUGAAGGCAACCCAAGGCACUUACAACAAUACUGUACCAAAAGCUGAGAUGUGCCUUUGGGAAGAACAGUGGCUCCAUGCUGCUACUCAACUUAGUCAAUGGGAUGCUCUUUCUGAUUUUGGGAAACUGGUUGAGAAUUAUGAGAUACUAUUUGAUAGUCUUUGGAAACAGCCAGAUUGGGCAUAUCUAAAAGAUCAAGUUAUUCCUAAGGCUCAACUAGAAGAAACUCCAAAGCUUCGUAUUAUUCAGGCUUACUUUGCCCUUCAUGAAAAGAACACUAAUGGGGUACCGGAGGCUGAAAACAUAGUUGGAAAAGGUGUUGAUCUUGCUUUGGAACAGUGGUGGCAAUUGCCUGAAAUGUCCAUUCAUGCCAGAAUACCUCUUUUGCAGCAGUUCCAGCAACUUGUUGAAGUCCAAGAAUCAGCUAGAAUUAUAGUUGAUAUAGCAAAUGGGAACAAACUUUCUGGCAGUUCUGUUGUUGGUGUUCAUGGUGGCUUAUAUGCAGAUCUCAAGGAUAUCCUUGAGACAUGGCGAUUAAGAACACCAAAUGAAUGGGAUAAUAUGUCUGUUUGGUAUGAUUUACUUCAAUGGAGGAAUGAGAUGUACAAUGCAGUUAUAGAUGCAUUUAAGGAUUUCGGUAAUACGAACUCACAGCUCCAUCAUCUUGGUUUCCGUGACAAGGCAUGGAAUGUCAAUAAGCUUGCCCACAUUGCUCGUAAGCAUGGGUUGUAUGAUGUUUGUGUUUCUAUACUAGAAAAGAUGUAUGGUCACUCCACGAUGGAAGUUCAGGAGGCUUUUGUUAAGAUAAGGGAACAAGCAAAAGCGUACCUGGAGAUGAAGGGAGAGCUAACCAGUGGUCUUAAUUUGAUUAAUAGUACUAAUCUGGAAUAUUUUCCUGUCAAACACAAGGCUGAAAUUUUUCGCCUUAAAGGUGAUUUCCUGUUGAAGCUUAGCGACUGUGAAGGUGCCAAUCUUGCAUAUUCAAAUGCUAUCACCCUCUUCAAGAACUUGCCAAAAGGAUGGAUUAGUUGGGGAAAUUAUUGUGACAUGGCUUACAGGGAAACCCACGAAGAGGUCUGGUUAGAAUAUGCAGUGAGCUGCUUUCUUCAGGGCAUCAAAUUUGGGAUUCCAAAUUCAAGAAGCCACCUAGCCCGUGUUCUAUAUCUUCUCAGUUUUGAUACUCCCAGUGAGCCUGUGGGGAGGGCAUUUGAUAAGUACAUGGAGCAAGUACCUCAAUGGGUUUGGCUAUCUUGGAUUCCCCAGUUAUUGCUAUCUCUACAAAGGACUGAAGCUCCUCAUUGCAAACUUGUUUUACUUAAAGUUGCAACUGUAUAUCCUCAGGCACUGUAUUACUGGCUUCGUACGUAUCUGCUUGAACGCCGUGAUGUUGCUAAUAAGUCUGAAUACGGUAGGAUGGCAAUGGCUCAGCAAAGAAUGCAGCAAAAUGUCUCUGGGGUUGGUGCAGCUGGGUCUAUGGGCUUGCCUGAUGGAAGCACAAGAGUGGCUGUUCAGGGUGGGGGCACGAUUGUCUCGGAGAAUCAACUUCAUCAGGGAGCUCAAUCUGCUGGAGGGCUUGGGUCGCAUGAUGGAAGUAGCUCGCAGGUUCAGGAGACUGAAAGACAAGGUGCUGCUGAAAAUAGUAUGCCUUCUGGGAAUGACCAAUCAUUGCAUCAAACUUCAUCCAGUAAUGAAGGAGGCCAGAAUGUAUUGAGGCGAAACAAUGCCAUGGGAUUGGUUGCCUCUGCUGCCAGUGCUUUUGAUGCUGCAAAAGACAUAAUGGAGACUCUUAGAAGCAAACACACCAAUCUGGCCAGUGAACUUGAGAUUCUACUCACGGAAAUUGGCUCAAGGUUUGUUACAUUGCCCGAGGAGAGACUGCUGGCUGUAGUUAAUGCCCUGCUUCAUCGCUGUUACAAGUACCCAACUGCAACUACAGCAGAAGUUCCCCAGUCUCUCAAAAAAGAGCUUUCUGGUGUUUGCAGAGCUUGCUUUUCAGCAGAUGCUGUGAACAAGCAUGUUGAAUUCGUGAGAGAAUACAAGCAGGAUUUUGAGCGUGACCUUGAUCCAGAAAGUACUGCAACGUUUCCAGCUACCCUUGCUGAUCUAACUGAACGAUUGAAGCACUGGAAGAAUAUUCUCCAGAGCAAUGUUGAAGACCGCUUUCCAGCUGUUCUGAAGUUGGAGGAUGAAAGCAGGGUAUUGCGAGACUUCCAUGUUGUUGAUGUUGAAGUUCCUGGACAGUAUUUUGCGGAUCAGGAAGUCGCACCUGAUCAUACAGUGAAGUUGGACAGAGUGGGAGCUGACAUUCCUAUUGUUAGAAGGCAUGGUAGCAGUUUCCGGCGUUUGACUCUGAUUGGGUCUGAUGGCUCUCAGCGCCACUUUAUAGUUCAGACAUCUUUAACCCCCAAUGCUAGAAGUGAUGAAAGAAUCUUGCAACUCUUCCGUGUAAUGAACCGAAUGUUCGAUAAGCACAAGGAAUCCAGGCGUCGCCAUAUUUGCAUUCACACGCCAAUCAUUAUUCCGGUGUGGUCGCAGGUCCGCAUGGUUGAAGAUGAUCUGAUGUACAGCACCUUCCUUGAGGUAUAUGAAAACCAUUGUGCUAGGAAUGACCGGGAGGCAGACUUACCGAUUACUUAUUUCAAGGAGCAACUGAACCAAGCCAUAUGUGGCCAGAUAUCACCAGAAGCUGUGGUAGACCUUCGUCUGCAAGCGUACAAUGAUAUUACAAAAAGUAUCGUGACAGAGAGCAUUUUCUCACAGUACAUGUACAAAACUUUGUUAAAUGGAAAUCAUACGUGGGCAUUCAAGAAACAAUUUGCAGUCCAGUUGGCUCUUUCAAGCUUUAUGUCCUUCAUGCUACAUAUUGGAGGAAGGUCCCCAAACAAGAUUCUGUUUGCCAAGAACACAGGAAAAAUUUUUCAGACAGAUUUUCAUCCAGCAUAUGACGCUAAUGGAAUGAUUGAGUUCAAUGAACCAGUGCCUUUCCGAUUGACAAGGAAUCUGCAGGCAUUUUUCUCCCAUUUUGGUGUUGAAGGCCUUAUUGUGUCUGCGAUGUGUGCUGCUGCACAGGCUGUGGUUUCACCCAAACAAAGUCAGCAUUUGUGGCAUCAUUUGGCAAUGUUCUUCCGUGAUGAGUUGAUAUCUUGGUCUUGGAGAAGACCUCUUGGAAUGCCACUUGCACCUGUGGGAAGCGGUAGUUUGAAUAAUGUGGACCUCAAACAGAAAGUUACUACAAAUGUCGAGCAUGUCAUAGGCCGGAUCAAUGGGAUAGCCCCACAAUACAUAUCUGAAGAGGAAGAAAAUGGUGUGGAUCCACCACAAUCAGUACAGAGGGGCGUUGCUGAGUUGGUCGAGGCUGCUCUUACUCCCAGAAACUUAUGCAUGAUGGAUCCAACGUGGCACCCUUGGUUUUAAUUUAUUGCUAACCUGCUUGUAUAGUUGCACCAGUCCCCAUAGAUUGACAUUACUUACUCAGGUAGGAGUAACAUUAAGUAGGUGAUUGGGAACUGAAGUGCUGUUUGAAUACUUCUACUAAGGUGUAAAUAUAUUUGUGCUAAUAUCAAUUUUGUUUGUUUCUGUCU